GUUGACCGUUGUGGGCAAUGGUUGAUACGAGGCUAUCUCGACUGUUGGUCUUGACUGGCUCUGACCUCGAGCAACAAGAACCGUUCAUCAGUGCCAUGGGAGGCCUCUUUUUGCUGAGAUACGCCCUGUGAACAACCUGGUGAAGUGACAUGGUGUGUGGAGGUGACUGCUGAAGCUGACGUGAUGUUGAGAAAUGCAGGGAAGUGUCUGGGGAGAUGGUGGACAGCUGGGAGCCAAGUGGAAACUGCCUUGUGGGGCGAUGACGCAAAGGCCAGGACGGUGGGGCAGAUUCUUAUCGCCAAUCAGAUACGUACCGACCCGGCUUGGCAUGGACUUGGCGGGUGGACUGCUGCGCGCUGCCAGUCAAGCCUCGCACGCGUUUUUGGGAGAGUGAACAUGGUCGUCUCUAUCUUUUUUCUUUCUUCCCCUUCACCCCCAAAUUCCACCAUCCUGGCCCAACUGCGCCACCCCACUAUCCACCAUCCACGGCACUGAAUAUGGAUACGGAUAGAAGAUCAAGAUCCAGGGAUCCUGUGUCUCAUGACGAACCAGCCGAUCACUACCGGCCCGAAUCCCGCAAUCGUUCCCCAUCGCGAACCCCCUCCGAGGCCAUGGAUCGCUACAACACACACGACCGCACCUCCCAAGCCCGCUCUCCGGCCCCGCGCAACGGAAGACCUCGGACUUACAGUCGCAGCCUAUCCCGUAGCCGUAGCCGUAGCCUCAGUCGAAGCAGAAGUUGCAGUCGUAGUCGAAGCUACUCGCGCGAUCGCAGCUGGAGUCGCUCAAGAAGUCGCACUCGCAGUCCCACGCCCCAGGCCAGAAGCACCAAGAUUGUUGUCGAACGUCUCACCAAGAACGUGAACGAAGACCACCUUCGAGAGAUCUUUGGCCAGUAUGGCGAAAUUGAGGACUUGGACCUGCCUCUCAACCGUCAGCUUGGAACCAACCGUGGCACAGCUUACAUUUUGUUCUACAACGAAGCCGACGCCGAGGCUGCCAUUGCCCACAUGCACGAGGCCACUGUAGAUGGCGCCGUCAUCAACGUUUCCAUCGUGCUACCCCGCCGCAAGCUCUCACCCGCACCCCCUACAGCUCGCCGCGGAGCAAAUAUUAACCCGCGUAUACCGCCCCCUCAUCAGUCCAGACCCUUUGGCGGCAACAUAGGAGGUGGUGGGGGAGGGGGUCAUGGACGUGGAUCUGGGCCAGGUCGUCAUGGGAACCGUUCUGAUACCUACCGUCCCCGUUCUCUCUCAAGGUCGAGAUCUCGGUCACCCGUUCAGGCAGGAGGGAAUCAUAAUCGCAGGCAAAGAUCCCCUUCGUAUUCAUCCCGGUCUCGAUCCAGGACUCCACCACCAGCCCGCGGUGAAGGACGAGGGAGUCGCCAUGUCGGUGGGCGCUACGACGGCGACGACGAUAGGGGUAAUCGCAGAAGCGCUAGCCGCGACAGCUAUGAUAGUUACGACCGUAGGAGCAGAAGCCCCAGUCGCCAUCGGGACCGUGGAGGGAGGUGA